AUCCAAUUAAUGCAUGUAUAACUCAUUAUGUUCUGUUCUUGGGUCUAAUUCAAAUUUAACCGAGUUCCAUAUCAGACUCUAAUAUACCGGUAGAUAUAAUAUAGAUUAACUUAGACGACAUCGAGGCUUGGAAACGAGAGAUCCGCCACCAUAAGAUACAGUGUCUGCCUCAGCUAAAAGAAUGGAUGAUACACCUUCGCUUUUUAAAAGAAUUGUAGUUUUGAUACCAAUUAUUAUGAUAUCUGUCUCGAAUCGGCCGACCCCGGGGAAGUCACGAGAUGUUCCGUCAAGCGUUACCAACUGCGCAUGUCAGAAAACGUAAGGAGGCGGGUAUUUAAGAUAAACUCUCCAACACAACUAACUCCAGCAUUUAGUUACCCCAUAGCUCAAAAUUUGAUUAUCAUCGUACACGCUCUAUCUUGAACAGUUUUUUUUUUUUAGUAUUGACUUACACACUCAUUAGACCCGCGCAACUGGAACUUUGGCUAUCCCAAUUCAGUAAGUUCCGCUUUUAUUUUCUGCUGUGCAUUGUGAUGUGUCACACGACUGUCGCAAUGCUUAGGUAACGCUAUACUUGUGUGUGACGUGCCGUUUCCAUUUGACUUCUAAGUUUUUACGGUUAGUCGAAGUUGUUUUUUUUUUGUUGUUGUUGUGAAAGUUGUAUAUUGACACGCCCGACGAGCAUCCGACACACACUCACACACACACAGCCACACACACAAAUAAAACCUAAAUAAAAAUGUUAACAGUUUAUUUUUUUAAAUAUUAAUGAUCACUGGGGAAUUACAUAGUUUUCCUUUACUUAAGUAUCUGCUACCUCACGAUUAUUAGGCCCUAUAAUAUAAUGAGUUCACGUUCAUAUUAAUUAAUGUCACCGGGCAGACUAUAGCAAGGAAACCUCUUACACUCUUGGUCAGGGGUGGGCAAACGUUUUGUGCGGAGGGCCACAUUGACCACUGUAAAUUGUAAAGCUAUUGGGGGGGGGGGGGCGCAUGUAUAUUAUGUCCACUUUUUACAUGCUGAUAACCCUUUAUCUAUAUUAAAAUCGGUAAAUUCAUAUUUUUGCAUUACAUGACAAAGGUCAAGGACUGUUUGAAAGAAAAUAAAAGAAAGUUAGAAAAAAAGUUGAUCAAAAAUGUGUAUAACAAUCAUAAGGGUAGAAAUAAAAUUCUGUAAAAUUCAACAAAAUAACUUAAAAACAAAGUAAUUUUUUUUUUAAAUUUCUAAACGCCUUCGAGAACCGGAUAAUAUCAGUUGUCGGCCCCAUGCGGCCCGCGGGCCGUAGUUUGCCCACCCCUGCUUUUGGUAAAUUUUGUUUGCUUCUCAUUGACAUCACCAGCUGCAAGCACCCGUCAAAACUGAUGGCCCCGAAACGAAAGUUGGAAAGAUGGAUCAGUUGUUUUUUUUUUUAAAUAAAAUAAUAUUAUGAAGUUAAGUAAGCAAUAUUGGAUAACAAACUGCUUUAAGACUAUAAUUCAGGCCUGAACAACAUACGGCCCCCGGGCUGCAUGCGGCCCGCCAGCACCCAGUUUGUGGCCGGCGAAGCAACGAAAUAUUCUUUAUUCUUAUUAUUUUCUAUUAUAGCUUUCCCCCUGUCCUUUUUCGUUUGCCCCGCACAAGUCUUGUCCUAUUUUCAUUUGGCCCGCACAAGGUUUUCAUUAAGUAUUAUGGCCCGCCUUACAUUAUGAGUUGUGCAGGCCUGCUUUAAGACAUUAAAACAAUAGAAAGUCCUGAUUAAUUUAAUUAAAAUAAGUAUUAACGUCGCUGGUUCUGGUAAUGUUUCGUUGCUGCAUCCAUGUACUUGCAUUUUCGCAACGGUUGGGGGUAUGGUGUUGCUAUUCUAAUAGCGCCUAGCUGAUGCCAGGGCAGCCUUGAAGCUUUCGACUGAUGUCGAGCUCACAGUCGCCCGGGGAGCGUAUCCCCUUCAACUCCGCCCCCGCCCCACUUUAUUUUUUCACACGGCUCUUGAGGAAUGGUAUUCACACCUGCACUUUUCUUUUUGCCCCUUCACUGUAUAUUUAUUUUAGGAAAGUGACAUUUUUUGGCAUCACAGACAUUGAAGUAAUAUACUCAUGUUGUAGGUAGUAGAUUGUACUCAUGUUGUAGAUUGUACUCAUGUUGUAGAUGCGUUUUUGAAGAUUGCAAGGAUGUGCUGUUGGGAAGUGGGAGGGGAAACGGUGAAAGGACUGGCAUUCAUUUAAGGGCUGUUAAGUGCUAAAAUCAGAAAAGAGGCAGCUUCGUGUGAGCUUCUCACCGAUCUAGAAAAAAAAAAUGCUCAUAUUUGAAUAUUAUGUUCCAAAUAUUAUGUUUCGAAUCUCGGUUAAAGUAUAUGUAAUCUAUGCCAGAAAAGACCCGAUUUCUUUCUUAACACUACAUUUUUGAUUGGGAAAUGAAAGCAGGGUCUUAGAUCUACAUGUCAUACAUUUUGAGAUAUUCUGAUCACCGAUAUUUAGGCCUCCUUGGUUUUAGGACCAGUCUAUCCGCCUUCCGAAUCGCACGAGAACUUCUUACCGGUAUUCAGUGUACUACUCCUGUCUCACCUUACAGCAGUGUACUACGCCUGUCUCACCUUACAGCAGUGUCCAACGCCUGUCUCACCUUACAGCAGUGUCCAACGCAUGUGUCACCUUACAGCAGUGUCCAACGCCUGUCUCACCUUACAGCACACAAUGUGUCUUGUGGAAUUGGGCGUCCACCAGACGUGGUCUGACCUGCUACCAGAAAUUCCGCUAGUUACAACAUCUGCUCACUUAAACCAAUUGAUGACUAGAUCCAAAAACAGACUCAACGCAAAAAGAAUAAACACAAUAAUAGUAGACACAAAUAGACUAGUAACACAAAAACAGACUUAUCACAAAAAGACUACACACAAAAAAACUAGACACAAAAAAGACUAUACUCAAAUUUAUUUAUAUUUUUUUGUAUUCGAGAUUUCAUAAAGUAAAAAAUCCUUUUUAUUUCAGCCCAUUAACAACGAAACCUUAGAAGCCCUAAGCCAAAAACCCUAUCAGAAACAGCUUAUCAGAAACACCUUAUCAGACACCUUGUCCUAAACAACCCCUAACAGAAACACCACUUACCCGAGACAGACUACCCGUGAAGUCUAUCUGAGGCACCCAAAUCGUACGACACGAAGAUGACCAAGCUCUUCAUCUGGGUGUUACUGGUGGGUGUGGCCAUUGUCCUGUCGCAUGCGCGACGGUCAUCCGAGGAAGAUGAGCGAAGGAAUAAUCAAAGAGGUAAGAACUUAGGACGCUUUUUUGGGGGGGGGGGGGGGGAGGUGCGGAAGGAGUCUGAUGACGUCAUUAUUUUUUCACGACUUUAAGAUUUGACGCCAUGGAGGCUUUUUUGUAGGGCAUCGUUGAGUAGGUUAUGCUGACGCUUGAAGUGAAAGAAAACAGGAUCAGAAAAAGAGAACGUUUCGGCAGAAAGCCUGCUUCAACAAACAAGACGAAGCAAGAAACAACGAAGAAAUGUGUUAAAUUUAUCCACAACAUGACUUGAGCGCAGUUCUCCAUAUAUUAUUAUCGUUUAUUUUUGUACAACUAGGAAAUUGUACGGCGUAAUGAUAUUGGUGUAAAAAAACACUGUCGUUAAUAGGUAUUUGGAAAGUUCUUAACACUACGGCAUGAUCAAUCAAUCGUCGAGCCUUAAGAUAUAGAAGGAGAAGAGAGUGAGACGACCAACAAUAACAUAAUAUAUAAAUAUAACACAUGAAGGGCUGCGUUCAAGCCGUGUGAAGGAAAUAGUAGAACAAGGUGUGUGGAAGCUUGAAAUGGAAAGAAGGAACAAUGAAAGAAGAACGUUUCGGCUAUAUAUAUAAUAUAUAUAUAAAGUAGUUAAAAAUCCUAAGUGAUCGCAUUUAAUGUUGUUGCCGGAAGUUGGGCUUUUCAAAAACCAUGAUUACAGGAAGCAAAAUAAUGAUGAAAAUACGAUUUUAACGGACAAAAAGAUUUUGGAAAUAUGCAAAAUAUAAGAGAUAAGAAAGAAAUACAGGAAACUGUGGAUCAUUAGUCAGAGGAAAUUUGAUUAAUUCCAUAAGAUGACUUGUGCCGAAAAGCUGAAUUAAUUUAUUUGCCUUUCUAACUCUUGCUGGUGUGUUAGUGCAGGAAUAAGAUAGCUGGGAUCUGAAACAUUGAUUUGAUGAAAGCUUUGGUUGUUUGUUUGUUUUUUGCAUUGUGUUUUGAUAUUUGUAUUUAACUCCUUCCAUAAUACCGAUACCUUUCCUUUCCAAAACAGACAAUGCCAGACGGGACGACAAGUCCAGGUCGAAAUCGAGAGCCGCGGACGAGUUGGCGCGCAAAAUCAAAGGAGAUAUGGAAAAGCGGAGAAGAGACAGAGACAGACAGCUACAGGACGUAAGGAGGGCCAUCAGGGAAAGCAUCGCUGAUAGGAUCGGUGACAGCAUCGCCAACAGGCUGGCGAGGAUCGUCAUCAAGAGCGGCGCCCCUGGAGACGACAGCCAGGAAGUGGAUUCGAGAGAGGGGAGCACAAGUUUAGAGACUACCAUCAACUCGGACAUCCAGGAUCUGGUGAGGGAAAUUAAAUCUAAAGUCUUAGACAAACUGAUUUCGCAAAAAGAUUUCGUCAGUUCGAGUUUUCGCGACAGACUCGACAAGUUAACCAAGGCCCUACGCCACGUCAAGCUGUUCGAAGAUGAGGUCAAGGAAAAGCGAAACGAAGACGAGUCCGCCGACGUCGAUGUUUCCACUGAAAACACGCCGACGUCACUUCCGGAUGACCUAGAAAAGGCAAUAGAGGAAGCGAUCCAAUACGAGAUUGAACGCUCAGAAGAAACGGCCGUGUCCGAUAACACCCCGAUUGGUAGUCUGCUGGUGAGGCAGCUGGUGAGUGGAUUCGAGGCCAAGGUCGACGAUCUGAGGUCAGCCUGGAAAGAUUUCGUGAAAGCCAAACAAGACAUGGUGGAGAAAGCUAAAGUACUCAAUCAACAUCCCCGGGACGGAAAAGGAUUCGACUUCGAAAAACUGCGAGUGUACAAAGCGAGCUUGCAGGAAAUGCUGGCUAAAAAGAGAAACUUUGUUGAGUCGAAAGUUGAGCUGAAGCGUGGCAUCGAAGGAACUCUCAACAACAUGUCCAGGACGUAUCGCAGCCGAACAGGACGGGAUUUCAGCUACGCCGAUUUCUUGGAGUCGGUACUGAACGCCAGCUUUCAGUUCCCUCGAGCACUAGAAGAGUUUUUCAAAGACGUCAUUUGCAGGAGUGUAACUUCACCCCGAAAUGACAACCAGGAGGCGGAGAUAUCUGCAAGCGAUGCGCCACCAGAAAUUGCUGGAAGCGACGCCCCGCCAGCACCAACAUCAACAGCAACAACUUCAGCAGGAGAGAGGCUAGCAGAAGACAUUAUCGUGGACAUCAUAGACACUGUGAAGGGAAUAAAGGAGAACGUCGAAGACAAGGUUUCAGCAUUGAGAGAACUCAUCCAGUCUACAAUUCAACCUAAACUUGAUCAGCUAAAGGAGACGAUUGAAAAAUUCCUUCUCGACGAAGAUGAAGUACGGGAAGAAAACAGACGAAAACGAAGCAUCGAAGACUCACCAGGGAGCGCUGAAGAAAUUGUCACCGAGGCUUCACAAAAAUCUGAUGAAAUCCCCGCGGAAAUAUUGACAAGCAUCGAACGAGCAGUUAACAGCCUGGUGUCAGGUUCUGUAGCGUUCGCCCCCACCGCAAAUGAAGCGAUUCUAGACGGACUGAUCCUAGAACUCCUGAAGCCGUUUGACGCGGACAUCCAAACCUUGAAAGAGCUGAAGCAAAAAUACAACGAAGCUCAAGCCCAGUUGCUCUCCGACGUGGCAAGCCUGAGAACAGACUCGGACGAACUCAAGAAUGUGAGCGACAUCUACACAAGAUUGUCUCAGCUUCCGACCAAGUUCAAUCAGCUGAAGCUUGUCAGGAGCCAGUAUCAAGCCGAGAAAACGAAACUGAUCACCGAGGCCACUGAGACGCUGAAGAGCUUAUCGGCCAGUUACCAAGACAGGACCGGAUCUCCGGUCAGCUACAUCGACGUCCUGAUCUCGCUGAAGAACUCCAGCAUCGACCUGCCGCCGGUGCUCCAGGAUUACUACACAGAUUUGAGCAGUGUGGCCCGGGUCGAGGGUCUGCGCAUGGACGUGGCUCCACGAGGUGAAGGUGGGGAAGGCAGCGAUGACUCCUCGGUGGUGGUCGUAUCCGUUGUCGGAGUUUUAGCCGCUGUGGUGGUCACCAUGGGGGUCUCCGCUCUGGUCUUGAGGCACCGCCGGCGUCAGCGGCUGUACACCAAGCUCCCGAAUUAGGUCAUCGGCUCAGGAAACGAGGGAGGUCGCCAGAUUUAAUGCUCAUAGUCAUUUAAGAUGACCUAAAAGUGACCUCGGCUGUACCCAACAGGCGGCCCCUUUAAACGGGAGUGAUUGAAUAGUUAUGAUCCCGCAAACAUAAUUGACCUUACAUGUAAAACAACCUUGACCUUACAGGGCAUCGAUGAGUGUCCUAGCAUGCUCACAAGAAAUAAUUAUCAUGUAAACAGAAUUGACGCGUGACGUAAAAAACACUAAAGAUAUGAACACAUUUUUUUAUUGACAUGACACCACUGAAAACAACACUGAUCUGACAGCAGAUAUUGGCAUAACGCUUAAACAUCACAGACUAUACAAACAAACCUCACAGACCUGGCAUACACACAUCACAGACUAUACAAACAAACCUCACAGACCUGGCAUACACACAUCACAGACUAUACAAACAAACCUCACAGACCUGGCAGACACACAUCACAGACUAUACACACAAACCUCACAGACCUGGCAGACACACAUCACAGACUAUACACACAAACCUCACAGACCUGGCAGACACACAUCACAGACUA